UCUCAUAUUCGAGUCAUUCUAGUUUCACUUUACUGUUAGUCUGUACGAGUUUUCGGCUGCGCACCCACUGACGAGUGGAUGUUCGGGGACACCUGUGACAUUUUGUCCCUGUCUGGAUUUGGAUACUGUACAUUUUGGGCUUCGACUUUUACUGAUGCUAGUUUUGUUUUGUUUUGUUUUUUCCCUUCCCCUUUGGGUGGGAAUGUCUGUCGCCACCCAGAUGAAAACGAAUUGUGGGUAGUAGAUACAUCAUCCGAUACUACCCGAAGUCAAUUAAUCGACCCUCAGUCAGAGUCACGGGUGCGCGAGAGUCUAGCCCAGCUGACUUUGGGCAAGAGGUGUGCGCACCGGUUAGAAUGUUUGCAGGCGGAAGACGUCAUCUGUGAGCGGAUUUCGACUGUCUCAGCAUGGCAAAGACUCCAUGGCCCAAAGGCACAGAGUGUGUGGCCACAUUCAGCUUUAAAGGCUCAUCAGAGCACCACCUCCCCUUUAACCAAGGAGAUGUGUUGACUAUCAUUACGGCCACAGAGGGUCCACAGUGGUACAUAGCUAAAAAUGCAGAAGGUCGUAAAGGGACAGUUCCCAGCAGCCACAUUCAGAAGUACGUAGCAUCUGUGGAAAAUUGCAGCGAGCUGAAUCUUAUGCCAUGGUUUCAUGGGAAAAUAACACGGCUCCAGGCCGAGAGAUUGCUCUCCCCACCAAAGAUGGGCUUUUUCUUGGUGAGAGAAAGCACCAACCAUCCAGGAGACUACACGCUGUGUUUGAGCACCGACGACAAUGUGGAACACUACCACAUUAGACACCUAACCAACAGCAAGCUCACCAUUGAUGACGAAACAUACUUUGACAACCUCAUCCAGCUGGUUGAGCACUAUAAAAUCAUUGCUGAUGGUCUGUGCACUUGUCUAAGCACGCCAAAGUUGGAGCAGAAGACUGUAGCGGUCCAAGAUGAGUUUUUGAGAGGUGGCUGGGUGAAGAACAGAAAGGACUUCGUGUUACAGAAGGUUAUUGGACAGGGAGAGUUUGGAGAAGUCAUGUUGGCUGAGUACAAAGGGAACAAAGUGGCUGUGAAGUGCCUUAAAAAUAAUGCUACUGCGCAAGCCUUUAUUGCUGAGACCUCUGUCCAGAUGAAAUUGAGUCACACUAACUUGGUGAAGCUGCUUGGAGUGAUUGCAGAAGAGGAUGGCACUUUGUACAUUGUUACUGAAUACAUGAGAAAGGGUACCUUGGUGGACUACUUACGUUCCAGAGGGCGGACAGUACUCACUAGUCUUGAUCUCAGUAAUUUUGCACUAGAUGUGUGUGAGGCCAUGGUGUAUUUGGAGUCCCAUAACUUUGUCCACCGAGACCUUGCAGCCCGGAAUAUUCUGUUAUCAGAGAAGCUCAUCGCUAAAGUCAGUGACUUCGGCUUGACCAAGAAAGUGUCUUCCCUUGAGGAUACUAAGAAGCUCCCUGUUAAAUGGACAUCACCAGAGGCCCUCAAAGAAAAGAAAUUCUCCACCAAAUCAGAUGUUUGGAGUUAUGGUGUUUUGCUUUGGGAGAUUUACUCAUUUGGUCGAAUGCCAUACCCGAAAGUUCAAUUAAAAGAUGUGGGGCCUCUUUUGGAGAGGGGAUACCGGAUGCCUAUUCCAGAUGGGUGUCCUGAAGCUCUCUAUGACAUCAUGAGUCACUGCUGGCACUUGGACCCUGAUUCUCGACCGACUUUUAAAUUGUUGAAAGAUUCGCUAUUAUAUUGCGAAGACGUGCUCCGCACACUGCUCUGACACCACACACGUCCUGCACCUUCUACUUUCAUCUUGGAUUGUAGGAGGGAAAAGAAAAACCUCCAUUGAAUAUCCUUUGACAUUUUUUUUUUUUUUGUUGACAAUGUUUCGAAUCUUGCUUAAGCCCGAUGACCUGUGAUUUGUGAAGUAUCAUUUGUUCAACACUUCUUCCUGUGUUCUGUCUGAAAGUGUGAGUCUUUCUGCGCAACGCAAUGUAAGUUCAUACUCAAGACUGCUUUAUUAAAUGCUCAUGCACGAGCCGAAGAUAAUGUGAUGAAUAAGUAACGUGAUGUCCAUGCGUAAUGUAAUGACUGUGACAUGCAGUACAAAAAUAAGAAUUGGAUGCACAAGGUAGAAUUUAUUUUAGAUAUCAUUGCUGUAAUACACAUAUGGUAGAAACUGUACAUAAUGGCUUAACUAUACAGUACAUAGACCCCCACAAAUAUUUAGUUAAGUCCUUUAUGAAGUGUUUUUGUAACUUUGUAGCACCACGCUUCUGGUGUCAUUCUAGCUGGAUUAUUUUUUUUUACCACUGUUCUUUGCAAGAAAACCAGGUUUUUAAGCAUAGACCACAAAUGUUCGAUUGGGUUGAAGUUGGGGAUUUUAGAUUGUUGUCCUGUUAGAAUACCUCAUCAGUUAAUUGGAAUAAUGGUUGAGGUAUUAUUGAGUAAUAAAUCAAGUAAGUGUGUUCUCCUUGGUAGAUAUUUCCUCAGUUUCUUGGUUUAUAGGGUUUGUCCUUGUAAAGCACUAUUAAAAGAUUUACAAUAA